GGGCGAAGGAGACACUUUGAGACAUAGUGCAGAAAAAAGACCGUAAGAAAGAGGUCAUUUACAAUAGGAUUCACAAACCACUGUGCAAGAUGUGGAAGGCAGCAGUGGGACACAAUGUGAAAGUGGCGGAAGCUGACGGAGAUGAUUGGGAGACAGAUCCAGACUUUGUGAAUGAUGUCUCAGAAGAGGAGCAGCGUUGGGGAGCCAAAACAAUAGAGGGUUCAGGACGUCCUCAACAUGUAGACAUAAGCAAACUGAGAAGCAAUGUAUCCAAGGAACAUGAGCAUCUGAAGAAAAAAGAGCUUCAGGAUGGACCUCAGGCAUCUUACGGAUAUGGUGGACAGUUUGGGACAGAGAAUGACAGAAUGGACAAGAGUGCUUUGGGCCAUGAUUACAAGGCCGACAUACAGAUGCAUUCCUCACAGACAGACGCAGCCAAGGGUUUUGGUGGAAAAUAUGGUGUGCAGAAGGAUCGGACUGACAAAUCAGCAGUUGGAUUUGGUUAUAAGGCUGAGAUACAACAGCACACCUCCCAGCAAGAUUACUCCAAGGGGUUUGGAGGACGUUACGGUGUACAAACAGACCGUGUGGACAAGUCAGCGGUUGGUUUUGAAUAUAAAGCUCAGGUAGAGCAGCAUUCUUCGCAGCAGGAUUACUCUAAAGGAUUUGGUGGGAAAUUUGGAGUCCAAAAAGAUCGCCAAGAUAAAUCUGCUCACACUUGGAGUCACAAAGAAGAAAUACAACCCCAUCAAUCGCAGACAGACCAUUCACAAGGAUUUGGUGGUAAAUUUGGAGUCCAGAAAGAUCGACAAGAUAAAGCUGCUCACAGUUGGAAUCACAAAGAAGAAGUUAAACCUCAUGAAUCACAGACAGAUUACGCUAAGGGAUUUGGUGGUCGUUAUGGUGUACAGACUGAUCGGGUGGACAAGUGUGCCUCUGGAUUUGGUGAAAUUGAAUCUCCCAGUUCCGUUUACCAGAAAACUCAACCACUGGAAGCCAUGACAAGUGGCGCUCAUGAUUUGAGAUCUCGAUUUGAGAAUAUUGCACGAACUGCCGAAGAGGAAAAUCGUCAGCGAGCGGAGGAAGAGAAAAUGAGACGACAGAAGAGAGAUAAAGAGGAGAGAGGGCAAAUAAAAAAAGAGAUUCAGCAGAGCAUGGACAGUAACAAUGUGUUGCCUCCUAAGCUUCCCGUGCAAGCUCCUGUGCCUGUGCCUAGAAAUUCUACGCCACCAAAGCCUGUAGAAAGAGAGAUAUUGAUAGAUCCAGAUUAUCAGGAACCCCCUCCUAUACCACCUCCUCUCUAUGACAAUGAGGCAGAAGAUAUAGAACCACCAGUUGAAAUAUGUGAUGAAGAGGACACAUAUGAAGAUAUUUCUGCUCCUCCAAAUAACACAGAGGAAGAUUAUGAGGCGAUCCCAGAUCCUCCACCUAGAGCAAUAGUAGAAGAUGAUGAUGAAGACUAUGACUGUAUUCUGGAACCUGAUGCUUCAAGAGAGGAUGCACUCUAUGAGGAGUUGCCAAAAGAUGAAAAUCUUCAUGUGCUUGCAUCUUCUAUGGGUGGUGUGCAAGCUCCCGGAAUCUCUGCUAUUGCUAUUUAUGAUUACGAAGGAGCUGGAGAUGAUGAGAUUUCAUUUGAACCUGAGGACAUGAUCACAGAUAUUGAGAUGCUGGAUGAGGGAUGGUGGAAUGGAACCUGCCGGGGGCGCCGAGGUCUCUUUCCAGCCAACUAUGUAGAGCUUGUAAAAAAAUAAGCUGUAUUUUACCUUAUGUGCACUGCUUCCACAUGCUUUUCCUACUGAAUUUUUUUUUUUUAUCCUUCUGAAUAAAAAUGUUCUAAACAUCCGCCCAUGCACUAAUACUGCUGUUCUGGGAGCCAUUUACAAAUUAAUUUCUUCUAUUCAACAAAAACAUGCUACUACAAUAUGGUUUACUAUGUUUCAUCUUUCAUUAUACAUCUUAUCAUUCCUGCUUUUCAAAUUCUUCUGAGUAUUAAAGUACAACAUUAUAAAUUAA